UUCAUACCCAGAACUCUCUUAUAUCGCUGAGAGAGAGAGAGAGAGAGAGAGAGAUGGGAGUAAUGGCUGGUUUUUGUUCUUCUGACUUGGUAUAUGGGAACAGAGGAUUGAGUGGGAAUGCAGCUGCUCUGCUUAAGUACAAUGGCUUGCGGCCAUUGGAAAACAAGCAAAUGGCUGCAUCUGCAAGGAACCCAAGUGGGUCUUUUGCUUCCUCAAGCGAGUGUCAUUCACUCCAUCACUGCUGCAUUGGUUUGAGGAGAAAUGCUAAAGCCACUCGAUGCAAGGAGAGAUUGAAGGGGCGCCUCGCUGCCCACAUUCAAACUCGGUGCAUGUACGUAGGGCAUCCAGUCCAUUCAUCAGCUCCAAAAUUCAGGCCAGUCAAGGCUGUGGCAACCCCCACCAUUGCAGCUCCAAAACGGGAAACGGAUCCCAAGAAACGAAUUGUCAUUACGGGAAUGGGCCUGGUUUCAGUGUUUGGAAAUGACAUUGAUACAUUUUAUAAUAAACUACUGGAAGGAGAGAGCGGGAUCAGCACGAUCGACAGGUUCGAUGCUUCUACAUUCUCUGUCAGAUUUGCAGGUCAGAUUCGUGAUUUCUCUUCCAAAGGUUAUAUCGAUGGAAAGAACGACCGUCGGCUCGAUGACUGCUGGAGGUAUUGCCUUGUCGCGGGCAGAAGAGCCCUUGAAGAUGCUGAACUCAGUCCAGAUAUCUUGGAAAACAUGGACAAAUCCAGAAUUGGAGUACUGGUAGGAACUGGGAUGGGUGGUUUAACAGCUUUCAGCAAUGGCGUUGAAUCUCUGAUACAGAAGGGUUACAAGAAAAUCACUCCCUUUUUCAUCCCUUAUUCCAUCACCAAUAUGGGAUCUGCGCUGUUAGCAAUCGAUACAGGGCUAAUGGGACCGAAUUACUCCAUAUCAACAGCAUGUGCGACUGCAAACUACUGCUUCUAUGCUGCAGCGAAUCACAUAAGAAGGGGUGAAGCAGAUAUCAUGGUUGCUGGCGGAACUGAAGCUGCGGUAUUGCCUACUGGUGUCGGCGGAUUUAUAGCAUGUAGGGCUCUGUCGCAGAGGAAUGACGAACCUGAGAAAGCAUCAAGGCCAUGGGAUAAAGACCGUGAUGGUUUUGUCAUGGGCGAAGGCUCCGGCGUGCUGGUCAUGGAGAGCUUGGAGCAUGCAAGAAAUAGAGGAGCAAAUAUAAUUGCGGAGUAUUUAGGAGGGGCAAUAACCUGCGAUGCACAUCACAUGACCGAUCCUCGAUCCGAUGGCCUCGGGGUUUCUUCUUGCAUAAUCAAGAGCUUGGAAGACGCAGGAGUUUCGCCGGAGGAGGUGAAUUAUGUGAAUGCACAUGCGACAUCAACGCUUGCAGGGGAUCUAGCAGAGGUUAAUGCUAUCAAGAAGGUCUUCAAGGACACUUCUGAAAUGAAAAUGAACGGAACUAAGUCUAUGAUUGGACACUGUCUUGGAGCUGCUGGUGGAUUGGAAGCCAUAGCAACAAUCAAGGCCAUCACUACUGGUUGGCUACAUCCAACCAUCAACCAAUUUAACUUGGAACCUGAUGUAAGUAUCGAUACAGUUCCAAACACGAAGAAAAGCCACGAUGUUCAUGUUGCUAUAUCCAACUCAUUUGGCUUCGGUGGGCACAAUUCCGUGGUUGUUUUCGCUCCCUUCACACCCUGAGCAAAAUUCAAAUAGGUCUUUUUUCCAUCAGUCAGAUAUUUGGGAGUUCACCAGCUUUUCUGAAGGCUGAGUUAAGGGAGAGAUGUCAUGUUCUAAUGUAUCCUCCCUUGGUACAUAUCAUGGCCACCCUUUCAUUCAUUUUUCAUCUAAUCACCUUCAAGAUUGUUUGUAAGUUGUGGCAUGUUCAUUGAAUGGAUAAAAAUGUAGAAAUCAAAUUAGUGCAUGCCUUCAUAAGAAAUGAAUAAAUGAAGUAAUAGAUGCAUAUGUGAAAUCUAAACAUGAAUUAAGGUA